UAGGAAAAAUAAGCGUUACAUUGCCGACGGUCGAUGGGACGAUAUUCAACAUAAGCAAAGUAAACAGACUGCACAUGGGACCGUAUCUUUGCAUAGCGUCAAACGGUGUUCCUCCUUCAGUGAGCAAAAGGAUAAUGCUGAUCGUCCACUUUCCGCCCAUGAUCUGGAUCCAAAAUCAACUGGUGGGAGCCAUCGAAGGCCAACAGAUAACGCUUGAGUGCCACUCAGAGGCUUACCCCAAAUCGAUUAAUUACUGGACACGUGACGGUGGCAACAUCAUAUCCCAAGGUAAAAAUACAGGGGCGAAAUACGAGCCAGUUCUGGUGGAUAACGCUUACAAAGUGCACAUGAAGUUAACAAUACGAGCUGUGACCGCUUCCGACUAUGGAUCAUACAAGUGCGUCUCGAAGAAUUCCCUUGGAGAGACCGACGGCACCAUCAAGCUAUACCACAUACCAACUCCUUCCACUCAAAAAGUAAUAACGACCACAUCAUCAGCUCCUUUGCAAACGACAGUGGAGAAAGACAUUUUAAAACAACGUGGACGCCAAAAAGAGUCGACCCCAAUUGCGGACCCAAAUAGCAACGAGAUUUUCGAUCCGGAAACAACAAAGGAGCGAGAUUUGAGGCUCCGCAGCAAUCCUGGCGAUACCAACAGAGAGGAAUUGUCCGCUGUCGCCGAAGAAGACUUCGCCUUCGCAUCUUCCUCCUCAUCUUCGUCGGCUUCCAUCUGCAUCCCAUCAGACUACAAACGAAUCUUCGCAUUGAUGGCUCUCCUCGCACUUGUACAUAUGUAAAAGUUGGUUAGUUACGCAGGCCGCAGUAUUAAAUUCCAAUGCUAAAUGUCUUUAUGUGUGUAUGUGUGUGUUUUUUUUGAUGCAAUAUCCGUUGAAGUGCGUGCAACUGAAGACAUUCCAGAUUUAUUUUGUAUUCUUUUUUCUCGUACAGUUUUAGAGAAACACGUUAGAAAUUUAAAAU